AUGGCUCCUGGGAGCGUCGCCUCCAGUGACACCUCCUCGGCCUCCUCAGCCUCCUCAGCCUCCUCAGCCUCCUCGACCUCCACACUGGGGUCGUCCAGGUCAUCUGGGUCUGAAAAGCCAGGCCUGAGCCGGAGCGGCGUCCAAGAGCCCCGCCGCCACCCUCCGGUGCUGCGCAUGGUGCUGGAGGCGCUGCAGGCGGGGGAGCAGCGCCGGGGUACCUCGGUGGCAGCCAUCAAGGUUUACAUCCUGCAGAAGUACCCGACGGUGGACGUCCUCCGGCUCAAGUACCUGCUGAAGCAGGCCUUGGCCACAGGCAUGCACCGUGGCCUCCUCGUCAGGCCCGUCAACUCCAAGGCCCGGGGAGCCACUGGCAGCUUCAAAUUAGUUUCCAAAGACAAAAGGAAAAUCCAGCCCAGGAAGACGUCCACCAUGACGGCCCCCAGGAGGCCUGGUCAAGCUGAGGGAAAGGACCCCAAGAAACCAAGUGAGUCAAAGAAGAACCCACCCAACCCAGGCGAGGUGAAAAAAGGAUCCAGGAAGCCGGGAGAGGGGAGGACAGCUACCCCCAAACCAGGUGCAGCCAAGAAGGCCCCCAAGAAAGGCCAGCAGAACAAGGACCAAGAGGCAAGACUGGGUGAGGCCAAGAAGUCCUCCCAACAGCCAGACAAGGCCACACAGGCCCCUCCCAUUGCCAGUGGGCCCGGCGGGAAGUCAGAGGUCAAAGGUGGAAGGAGCAGCCAAGCAGAUACCAAGGCCCACAGGAAAACAAAGCCUGGGAGUCAGAGUUCCAAACCCACGGUCACCAAGGGCGAGAAUGGUGCUGCUUCCCCAGCCAAAAAGAAGAUGGGGAGCAAGGUCCCUAAAAAGGCUGCUGCCCAGGGGGCCGGGGAGGGGCCUAAAGCCAAGGCCCCUGUUCCUCCCAAGGGCAGUGGGUCCAAGAUGGAGCCUGUACCACUGGCCAGGAAGGCAGAGGCCCCUAAAGGCCCGAGAAAGCCUGGCAUUCCCACCAAGUCCUCAUCGUCCAAAGCGGCCAGUAAGAAGGCAGAAGCUGAGAGCUAG